AUGGCCUUGCCCAAUGACGAGGAACUAUUCUUGGGUGGCACGAAUAGCGGGGCGAGGCAAAUCUUGUGCUACCGUGCCGUCAUGACCACCUCCACCGGCUUCUGGGUCGACGACAACCCCCUCAACUUCUCCUUACCCACCCUCAUCUACCAGAUCACCGUCAUCUUCGUCUUGUUCCGGCUUACCCACGUCGUCCUCCGCCGACUCAGCCAACCCGUCGUCAUCUCUCAGAUCGUGGCGGGCAUUAUAUUAAGCGGUGAUGUCCUUGGCCGAAAUCAGAGGUUCGCGUAUCUAAUCUUUCCCCCCUACGGCUUUGAGCAGAUCAACGUGGCGGCCAUCUUGGCCUCCAUGCUGUUCUUCUUCGUCGUCGGCGUGAAGGCAGACCUCGGGUUGAUGCUUAAGGCUGGCAAGAAGGCGGCGGCCAUUGCCCUCCUCGGCACCUUACUUCCCGCCGUCUCCGUCUACCUCACGGCGAAAGCCCUGAGGCACAAGAUCCCUCACCAUUUCAUGGAGACGCAAGUGCUCCUAGCUUUGACAGACAAAUGGAGCAUCACGUCUUUUGCGGUCCUCUCGUGCCUCCUCAGCGAGCUCAACCUCCUCAGCUCCAAGCUCGGCCGCCUCGCCCUGUCGGCCACCCUCAUCUCGGACUUCGUUCAUCUGUUCCUGGCCGCCUUCGUCAAAACGUACUCGCUAAGCGUGAAGCUCCACUCCGCGUGGAAGGGACUCUCGGCCCUACUAUGCUUCUUCUGCGUGGUGGCACUCAUUCUGUUCGUCUUGAGGCCGAUCGUUCUCUGGCUCAUAAGACGGACGCCGGAGGGGGCACUUCUGGACGAGGCGAGCUUCGUGGCAGUGCUUACCAUGGCGCUGGCGUGCGGGGUGCUGACGGCGAUCACCGGGUUCGACGUCAGCACGGGGCCCUUCUUCUUCGGGCUGGUGCUGCCGGGGGGAGCACCGCUGGGGGCGACCAUGGUGCAGCGCAUGGACGGGCUGGUGAUGGGGAUAUUACUGCCGACGAACAUUGUCAUGGCCGGGAUGGCGACGAGGAUAUCCGUUUUGGCCGGCGCCCGCCACUGGGGGCUGUUCGAAAUGUUUCUGUUGAUCUGCGUGGUGACCAAGUUCGUGGGGGUGACGCUGCCGUGCUUCUACAGCAGGAUGGCGCACCGAGACACCCUCUCCCUGGGGCUCAUGAUGAUCACCAAGGGCAUUUUCGAAGUAUGUGCCGCGAUCCGGUGGCACGAGGACAAGGUCGUCGAUAAUACGGACUACACCAUGGUCAUCAUCACCAUUCUGGUGUUCGGCGGCGGCACCGCCCCCCUGAUCAAGUACCUGUACCACCCGGAGGAUCGGUUCGUGGCCUACAAGCGCCGCACUGUUCAGCACGUCAGGCCCGGCGACGAGCUCCGCCUCCUUGCAUGCGUCCAUGAGCAGGACAACGUCAACCCGGUCCUCGCGCUUCUGGAGGCGACCGGCCCCUCUCCUGACUCGCCCAUCUGCACCUACCUCCUCCACCUCGUCCAGCUCGUCGGCCGCGCCGAUGCUGUCUUCCAUCUCCACAGGCGCCACCGCAAGCCUUAUGCCUCGGUCGCUACGCUCUCGGAGUCGGACCACAUCGUCAAUGCCUUCCAGCUGUUCGAGCGUCAGCACCCGGACGGCUUUUCGGUCCUCCCUUACGUCUGCAUCUCCCCAUACAACACCAUGCACAACGACAUCUGCUCCCUCGCCCUCGACAAGAAGGCCGCGCUCGUCAUUCUCCCCUUCCACAAGAAGGUUAACGCUGACGGCAGCAUCAACUCUGCGAGCACGGGCAUCCAUGCCGUCAACGUGAACGUCCUCCAGCACGCGCCCUGCUCCGUUGGGAUCCUCGUCGACAACGGGCUCUCCAGCGGCGGGCAGCUACUAGAACGCGUGGCAAUCUACUUUCUGGGCGGCGCCGAUGACCGAGAGGCGCUGGCAUACGGCGUGCGCAUGGCGGAUCAUGCGGCCAUCGGGCUGACGGUGAUUCGCUUGCUUCCGCUCGAGGAAGGGCAAGAGGAAGGGCGGGAGGAGAGGAUGGACGACAGGAUGUUGAAGCAGUUCCAGCACAAUAAGGUGGACGGAAACCGGGUGGUGUACAGGGAGGAGGUGGUGAAGGACGGGGAGGGGACGGUGGACGUGAUCCACGAGACGAGCCCGGAGUUCAGCCUACUGGUCGUGGGGCGGAGAGCAGGGAAGGAGUCGCCGCUGACGAUAGGGAUGUCGAUGUGGAGCGAGUACCCCGAGCUGGGAGUCAUUGGCGACUUGCUGGCGUCGACAGACUUCGGCAGCCGAGCGUCGACGCUGGUGGUGCAGCAACAGGUGUGGGUGGUGGGAGAAGCGGCGCUGGCCACAGAGAGCCGCAAGAGCGCUGCAACUGGGAGCCAGGUGGUACCGGAGGCCGCAGUGUACACGCAAUCUGAUGGGAAAUGA